AUGUCUGGGUCUGGAGCUGCACUGCCCGCCUCUUCUGCUGCAUCGGGUGCAGUCCCGGCGACUUCGAAGGGCGCUUCUCCGCAGUCUGGCGUGAGGCCACCGACGGGAGUUCCAACGGCUUCUGCGUCCGCAUCAGGAGGUGUGGUUGAGAAAGUGAUCUCCGUUCCCUCUGACGAAGAGGAGGAGGCUGGAAAUGAAGAGGGGCCUACAGGAUCAGCUGAUCCUGUCCAAGAAGCCGCUGGCAAAGAGGAUCUUCCCUCUUGGACGAGUCGCUCGUCUGGUGAGACGGGCGAAUCUGAGGAGGAUGAUGACGUCUCGGUUCAUGAGGCAUUGUCCAGCGAGGAAGAGGUGUUGGCUCGUGAGGAUGUGUCCGGCCAAAUAGGGGGAUCCCCUGCUCCUGCGGCAGCGCCGGCUGGGGAUCGUUCAUCAGUGCGAGAGUCUCCGCUUCAAAGGGAGGCUUCUACUCUGCAAGUGACCACUCCCUUGUCGGCGGCGGCCGUUGAUGCUGUGACCGCUGCUCCGAGGGCGUCAUUGGUCACACCGGCUUUGGCGGCGCCAAUCACCACUUCUACGGUUGUGACUACGGGCACUUCAACCGCGAUUUCAUCCACGGCGGAGGAGGCUGCCCUCUCUCCCUUGGUGCGAGAGUCUUCGCUUCAAAGGGAGGCUUCUACUCUGCAAGUGACCACUCCUUUGUCGGCAAUGGCCGUUGAUGCUGUGACCGCUGCUCCGAGGGCGUCAUUGGUCAUACCAGCUUUGGCGGCACCAAUCACCACUUCUACGGUUGUGACUAUGGGCACUUCAACCGCGAUUUCAUCCACGGCGGAGGAGGCCGCCCUCUCUCCCUUGGAGCGUGAGCGAAGAAGGAGUGCGGCACGAUCCGUGGCUGAUUUCCAAGACACUCUAGCCGCAUGCAUCAGGCUCGCUUUGGAGGAGAAUUGUCCUUUCAAGAGUUUCGAAGAGGAUAUCGAUUAUGUCGUGUGCUUCUUAAUCAAGAGGCUUGGCCGGACUGCGGCGAUGCCCUACUUCCAGCGUAAGGAGGAAGUGAAGGAAGCGGUUCAACGGUUGCUCGCUCUUCGCGCGAAGAGCUCCACUCUCGUGGAUCUUGCAAUCGGCGAAGUCCGAGCAGCGGGGGAAGAACGCGAUCGCCGUCUGGACGAGACCAUGUCGCUGGAGGCGAGAUUGUCAGCAGAGUUGGAGCAAGCCAAGGCUGAGGAUGAGACAGAAGGCUGA